GCUCCACGUACAGAAAAUCUACCAAUCAGCAAGUUGUAUUGCGAGAAAUGGCUUCCGGGUUAAGAAGUGCCAAAUGACUUGUGGAGAAGCGUCUGUAAGCAGACUUUGUACAGAGCAGUGAAACGUGCUGAUUGCAGGUGACAAUGAGUCUUUUACCUCGCACUGCUGAGGAGUUCAGCUCUGCGGAGUACUGGGAGAGAUUUUUUAAGAACCGCGGAGAGAAAGCUUUCGAGUGGUAUGGCGACUACAACAAACUCUGCGGCGUGCUACAUAAAUAUAUCAAAGUGCAAGAUAAGGUAUUGGUGGUCGGUUGUGGUAACUCUGAGCUGAGUGAACAACUGUACGAUGUUGGUUACAAACAUCUGACUAACAUUGACAUCAGUGAGACUGUAGUGAACCAUAUGAACCAGCAAAAUGCUGAGCGCCGGCCAGGCCUGUCCUUUCAGCAGAUGGAUGCUACACAAACUCCAUAUGAGGAUGGUAGCUACCAGGCUGCUCUGGACAAAGGCACACUGGAUGCCAUGGCAUCUGAAGAGGAAGGAGCUUUGGCCAGGAAAAUGCUCACUGAGGUGGGUCGGGUGUUAAAUGUUGGGGGCAGGUAUGUUUGUGUGACAUUGGCUCAGGAGAAUGUGAUCAGAUUGGCUGUGGAGCACUUUGUACAGCUGGGGUGGGCAGUGAGGCUGCACUGCUUGCAGCAGGAAAAUGGGAAUGAGGAGGACUCCUUUGCUCUGCCUGUCUUUGUUCUCAUCUGCACCAAGUUUCGUCAACCUAUGCCCAUGCCUAUUCUAGAGAUGUGUCUAGGAGAGGAUGGAGCCCCGAUGCGCCUUGCACAGGUUUCAGAGUUGUUGUCCGUUGUGAGGGAGCACCAGGCCUACUCUGUCUUGAGAAAGAAACUCCGCACAGGCAUAGAUGCCAGGUCAAACCUGUCACUGCAUCUCUGCCAUGUAAAGACUGGCCUUCCCAGAUAUACUCUCACAGUGCAAGAUUGUCCUCCAGGUGCCAAGGUGCCAAGGUCAAACCAAUUUGCUAUAUUUAUUGUGCCUCAAGGCAGUGAGACAGCUUGGCUCUACAGCUCCAGUGAGGGGCGAAGGCAGCUGGCUGCCAGUGCUAACUUUCGGCGCCUGGUUAUUGUGGCAAUGCACAGGAAUCAGGAGUACACAGACAUGCAGGCUGUCCAGUCAGAACUCUCACAAAUGGUGAUGGAACUGGCUCCACCGAGUAUGCCAACCAACCAGCAGGUGCCAUUUCUGUCAGUUGGAGGUGACCUAGGCUGGCGAGAGGAGGUCAGCAGGGGUGUGACUGAGCUGAGUGGGGAAUACUGUGUAGAGAAUGUCAGAGGAGAAGAUGGAAAAUUAUAUCGCAGACUUGUGUUCCUUUCUAAUGCUGUGCUUGUCCAGUCAGAGAGCCGUCUUGUCCCAUCAAGUACCUCCUCAAGUCAAAAGAAGAAGAGCAGAAAGAAGACCAAGUCAGCAGCUGCUCCAACAACAACCGCUCUGUCAGUGGACAGUGGCUUUCUGUGCGCUCACCAUGAAGUCAUGGUGGCUGGCCUCGCCAUGCUAGGGGUGGGCAUGCCCCAGAACAAAGAUGUCCCAGUGUCUGUCUUUCUGGUAGGGCUUGGUGGCGGAGGCUUGCCUCAGUUUCUGCGGGACUUUGUGCCUAAUGUUACUGUGGAGGUUGUAGAACUAGAUCCUGUUGUGCUGAAAGUGGCCAGUGAAUGGUUUGGGUUUAGACCGGAUGAUCAUUUGACUGUCACUCUUGGGGAUGGCCUUGAACGCAUCUGUGCCCUUGAGAAAGAAGGUGGGCAUUUGUUUGAUGCCAUCAUGUUCGAUGUAGACAAUAAAGACAGCACUGUGGGUAUGAGCUGUCCUCCUGCUGCCUUUGUAGAAACUUCCAUCCUGCAAAAAGUCUACAGCCUGCUAACCCCCAGAGGUAUAUUCAUGCUGAACCUUGUGAGCCGUGACUCAGCCUUGAGGAAAAGCGUGCUGGAGCGUGUGAGCGGUGUGUUUCCCACCAUCCUCUCUCGAAAGAUUGAAGGGGAGGUCAAUGAAGUCCUCCUUUGUUCUCAUGGAAAAAACAAAAACACAGAUGCCUCUAACAUCCUUCCAUCCCUGAACCAAGCAGCCAAGAGUCUGCAGAAUGCACUUUGCUCUAACAAGAGCCCAGAUAUAGACAUUUUAGAGCUGUUAAAAGGCCUGAAAGUAGAGUAACGACUAGUUGCAACCAAUGGGAGACUGACUUCAAUCAUGUGUCAAGGCAAUGUGGUGAAGAUAAAAUUUGAGAAUGAGUACACUGACUUUGCCAUUCAGUGCAAUUUAAUGAAAUGUACUAUGAUGUAUAUAAUAUCCAUUCACAAGUAAAAAUCGUUUUUAUCUUAACACAAUAAUGUGGUGCUUCUACAAAAAUAAUUUCCACUGGUUGGUUAUUUAAACAUAUAUUAUCAGUAUUAUUAUUUUAUCAUUAUAGGCCCUAUGUACCGUUUCGUUUCUCUUUCACUUGCUUGUAGUUGCCUAUGGACGACUUGGGACUUACCCACUCUCUCAUUGCCAAAGAAUGCACCAACAUUACAUUACAGUGUUUAUGGGGUCGCAGCAGAUUCCUACUCACUCUGCAUAUGUAAGAGUUUAAAUAGGUGUCGGCCGGAGGAGUGAAUUCUUGCUUGGUGUUUGAUAAAUCAAGGUUCUUUCAUAA